AACCUUCGCUUAGUCCGAGCUGAGGCAGGAGUCGACUAUGUACUACUACAGAGGGAAGUAAAAAUACCAGUGGGUUCCAGGAAAGGCUUCACUAUGAGUAUCGAGAUUGAAACCCCCUGUGAUGACAUAAACGAGCCUGCCGAGUACUUUGAAGUUGUUGCUAACAUCACCUCCCAUUCUGACGCAAAGUUUGGUGGAGCUGCACACAGUACAACUGGGUCUAUGUUGGUUGAAAUCCAAAAUCAUCCCCCACCUACAAAGACACUGUCACCACCUACACCAAGCCCAUCACCUGAGCCUUGUACCCCGGAUCAUGACUGUAGCGGUCAGGGUUGUAACUGGAGGACAGGUCGUGUCAGUAGAAACACUUUCAGGAACAAUGAAUACACCUUUGUUGCUCUUGUGGAAGUGGUAGAAUGUGGGGAUUCGGUUGUGGUGAAUAUCCGGGAAUGCCAUCACAUCAGCACCUGUACAAUGUGCCCUCUGACAACAUCCACUAUAGCCAUCUGCUCCAACUGCAUA